UAAUUAUUUUUGUUCAUUUAUUUGAAGAGUCUUUUCUCGUUCGUCCAUCAUCAUCUUCCUCCUACCAUCGUCUCUCUUCUCUCCCUCUCGCGUCUCUGCAAAUCAGUUUCUUUUUCUUCUCUUUUCAUCUCAGUUCUCACCUGCCGCCGUGUCCGCUGGUUUUUGCCGGACCUGACGAGUCCGGGUAACGAAGAUUGUGAAUUAGAUGAAAAAGACGUAGAAAAAUGGCAGAAGAACCCUUGUAUGGUGGUCCAGGAGCUAAGGUCUCUGUAUUUGAUUAUUCGGUCGAGAAUCAUUUUAGGGCAAUGGAUACUAUAUCUAAGCUUUGUGAAGAGCCCAAGAUUGAUGGUCUGGAUGAAACUGAUAUCCGGAGAUUCUCUUCUUCAAUCACCUUCUUAAGGGAAUGGAGGCAUUUUGAUUAUGAACCGAGGAUCAUUAGGUUUGCUAAUGAGCUAAAAGACUCACCGCGUAAAGAUGUUUCUCUUGGCAUAGAGUUGCCCCAGUUUUCAUCAGCAACUGUUCCCAAGCAGGACAGAGUGUACGGAAGCAAUGCAUCUGUAGAAUACGGUAAGGACUUUGUGAUGUAUGUUGGAGGGUCUGUUUGGGCAUUGGAUUGGUGCCCUCAAGUUCAUGAGAAUCCAAACAGUCUUGUCAAAUGUGAGUUUAUUGCUAUUGCUGCUCAUCCUCCUGAAUCUUAUUAUCACAAGUUGGGUGCCCCACUUGUUGGUAGAGGCAUCAUUCAAAUAUGGUGUGUGCUAAAUGCUGGGGUGAACGAGGAAGGAGCUACUCUGGCAAAGGAAAAGUCGAAACAAAUACCUCAAAAUACAGAGGCCGUGAACGAGAGCUCAGCAAAGAGGACUAGAGGAAGACCUAGAAAAAUGCCAAUAGAUGAAUCUCAGACUGAUCAGGUUAAGAGACCAGAAGGCAGAUCUAGAAAAAAAUCAGUUCUUGAAUUUCCUGACAGUGAUCCAGAUGUCCAGCCUCUUGCUGUUCAGUACCCAGGCAUUUCCUUCCAGCCAGUUUCUACGGACAAUGUUCCUGGGAAUACGCAAGAAAAUGUUCCACAUAAGAAUCAUAAAAAACGAAAAGUUUGUAAAGAGGCAACAUGCACAUCUGAUGCAACCCCUCAAACUUCUAAGAAGAGUAUAAAAUUGAAAAGUAAGACACAGGAGAAAAAUAACAGUGAUAGUAAAAUUGAAAAUGAAAAAUCAGAAUCUUCUUCUGCAAUAAACCAACAAAUUCAUUUUAACACCGGGCAAGAAGCUACUGUGUCAAGUAAUGUUUUAGGUUGUAAUUCGAUCAAGGUCAGCCCGGGUUCUCUUUCUAUUCCAGACGACAUUGCCUUGCCAAGAGCUGUCCUCUGCCUAGCACACAAUGGAAAAGUUGCUUGGGAUGUAAAAUGGCAGCCAUAUCAUAAACAUGAUUCUAAAUGCAACCAACGGAUGGGCUAUCUGGCUGUCUUACUGGGAAAUGGAUCUUUGGAAGUGUGGGAGGUUCCUCUUCUAAAUAUGAUAAAAACUAUUUAUUCAACUUCACCUAAGCAGGGAACCGACCCUCGCUUUGUAAAAUUGGACCCAGUUUUCAAGUGCUCAAAGUUAAAAUGCGGUGAUAUACAGAGCAUUCCUUUAACAGUUGAGUGGUCAACCUCACCUCCACAUGAUUAUUUACUAGCUGGAUGCCAUGAUGGAAUGGUUGCUUUGUGGAAAUUCUCUGCAAGUGGUUCACCAAAAAUUAAUGAUACGAGACCUCUGCUUUGUUUUAGUGCAGAUACAGCACCGAUUAGAUCAGUUGCAUGGGCCCCAUCUGGAAGUGAUAUGGAGAGCUCAAAUGUUAUUCUUACUGCUGGACAUGGAGGUGUUAAAUUUUGGGACAUACGUGAUCCAUUUCUUCCAUUGUGGGAUGUCCAUCCAGCACCAAAGUUCAUAUAUAGCCUGGAUUGGCUUCCAGAACCAAGAUGCGUUAUCAUAUCCUUCGAUGAUGGAACAAUGAAACUGCUCAGCUUAGUUCAAGCUGCAUGUGAUGUGCCUGUCACUGGAAAACCUUUUGGUGGGUCUAAGCAACAAGGACUGCACGUUUAUAAUUGUUCAUCCUUUGCAAUCUGGUGUGUACAAGUGUCACGAUUAAUAGGCAUGGUUGCAUAUUGUGGUGCAGAUGGUACUGCCGCGUGCUUUCAGCUAACCUCAAAAGCAGUGGACAAAGAUUUUUCACGAAAUCGAUCACCGCAUUUUGCAUGUGGAUCCUUGACCGAGGAGGAACCUGCUGUAAUAGUUAACACUCCAUUACCAGAUAAUCCUUUGCCGUUGAAGAAGCCGAGUAGUGAGUGUGGGGACGGCCAAAGAUCCAUGCGUUACUUCUUAACCGAGUCACUUGGCAAAAAUGCAAAGGAUAGGAAAGCGAAGGUUCCAACUUCCAAUCAGCGAACUUUAGCCCUUUAUGAUGGCAACGAUCCCAGCGUGGAAUCUGAACCCGAGGAAACAUUGGCAGCUCUGAAAAGCAAAAUGAAACCAAAAUCUAAAAGUGAGCGAACUUUAGCCCUUUGUUAUGGCAACGAUCCCAGCUUGGAAUCUGAACCCGAGGAAACAUUGGCAGCUCUGAAAAGCAAAAUGAACCCAAACUCUAAAAGUGACGGCAAGAAGAAAGCCAACGAUAGUCAAGCACUGGCACAAGGAACCAAAGAAGCAACGAAUAAAGAGAGAGAAGAAACCGAAAAAGAAGGUGAAAGCCAAAUGGAGACAUUUCCUCCCAAGAUUGUGGCAAUGCAUAGAUUGAGAUGGAACAUGAACAAGGGUAGUGAGAGAUGGUUGUGCUAUGGCGGAGCAGCCGGGAUUGUUCGAUGUCAAGAAAUUACAGUGCGUGAUGUUGAUACGAAGUUAACCAGAAAACGUUAAAACAACGCUACGAACUGUGCCUGUAGCAUUGUGGCAAUUAUGUACAUAUUUAAUUUAAUGGCCUUUCCCCCCUUUAUUUCUUUUAGGUCAAAUUGAGCUAGCCUUGGGAAGCCUAGUGUGCAUUCCUUGAAUUGAAGUGGAUGAAAAAUGAAAAUAAUCAAAUAAGAAAUUACGUGGCUUUAAAAGAAUUAAUAAAUAUAUUGAUAUACUAAA